UUUCGACUAUAUUGAAGCAUGAUUCAGCUUUUCAACUCCAUUGAUUUCUCACAAUUUGUGAUCGUAACACUUAUUGUUCUCCUCUUAACGUCCGACCUUGAAUUCAUCUCCAUGGCGAAAGACUUCUGUUGGUGUCGAGUUGAGAGACUCCACAGUCUCUUUGAACCCCACCAGGACUACGAUGAAGCGGAUUUCGAUGACUACGACGGAAGACCUUCACCGUCCCAGGUGCCGGUGCCCUUCAUGGCUCCUGUUGUCUCAAAGUUGAUAAAGACGAAGCUGCCGGUGGUUGAGUUUGGAAGAUCGAAACUAGGAGCCGAUAUCGGGGAACAAUCGUCGUUGUGGGCUGAGUGUGCGAUAUGCUUGGAGUGCGUGGAGGGUGGUGAAGAAAUCAGAGAGCUCGGCAAUUGCAGUCACCUGUAUCACAGAGCGUGCAUUGAUGGGUGGAUCGAUCAGGGUCACGAGACAUGUCCCUUGUGCGGGCGUAAGCUACUGCCGUUUGAAGCUAUUGCUAUUGCUCCUGCUGCUGCUGAUGAAGAUAAGGAAGUCAAAGGCGUAUAUGAUCCAUGGAGGUUGGAGAGAAUGGCAUAUCUGUUCGGUGAUAAUUAUUAAUUAUUGUUUUCACAAAAUCAAAUGAGAUUAUUGAUCCUUGUUUUCUCUGCAAAAGGACUCAGAAUUAAGGAG